AUGACGGGUAUUAUUGACUGGGAGUGGGCACACACGGCCACGGCUUCACAGGCAUUCAACUCUCCAAUUGGCUUCUUGCCGGUGGCGGAUUUCUACAAUGGCAAGAACAGCCUGGGCGACGACGAGAUUAUUUUUGCGCAACUGCUCAAGGCAAAGGGGCGACAGGAUCUGGCGCAGUUUGUCUGCAACGGCCGAUUGCAACAUCGAUUUGCAUUCUGCUGCGGGUACGAUCUCGCUGACUGGGACGGGUUCCUGGGCCUGUUUCGAGGACUUCGGGCAGCAGUGGCUGUGGACGAGGAUUUGGAAUGGAAUGAGUGGAAGGCUGUUGCGUUGGAUCGCUACAAGGAUGAUUCUGGGUUGCAGCUUGUGUUGGCCAAGUGCUAG